UCUCUCUAAGCAUUCUCUCCCUCUCUCUCUCUCUCUUAUUUGGUCGCCAUUGGCUUUCUUCACUUGGAAGAUGGGAUACAGAGGAGUUGCUGCGCUUCUGGCGGUUGUUUUGAUCGUCCAGAGCUCUCUUUCCGGCGUCUCAGCCAUCAACAGGACGAGUUUCCCACAAGGUUUUGUGUUUGGAACUGCUUCUGCUGCCUACCAGUAUGAAGGAGCUUAUAAAGAAGAUGGAAAAGGAAUGAGCGUGUGGGAUAAGUUCUCACAUACUUUUGGAAAGGUGAUUGACUUCAGCAAUGGAGAUGUUACAGUGGAUCAAUAUCAUCGUUAUGAGGAAGACGUGCAAUUGAUGGCUGACAUGGGAAUGGACGCGUAUCGUUUCUCAAUCGCAUGGUCUCGUAUUUUUCCUAAUGGCUCUGGCACUAUAAAUCAAGCAGGUGUCGAUCACUACAACAAUCUCAUAAAUGCGUUGCUUGCCAAAGGAAUUCAACCAUAUAUAACAUUGUAUCACUGGGAUCUUCCACAAGCACUGGAUGACGAAUACGGAGGUUGGCUCAGUCCAGAAAUAGUAGACGACUACGCGAACUAUGCAGAGACGUGCUUUCGGUUGUUUGGUGAUAGGGUGAAGUACUGGAUCACUUUCAAUGAGCCACAUACUUUUACAAUACAAGGGUAUGAUGUUGGGCUUCAUGCACCAGGAAGGUGCUCUGUGCUCCUUCAUCUGUACUGCAAGUCCGGGAACUCGGCUACUGAACCUUACAUAGUUGCCCAUAAUGUCUUGCUUUCACAUGCUAAGGCUGUUGACAUUUAUAGAAGAAAAUAUAAGGCUCAACAGAAUGGUUCUAUUGGCAUCACGUUGGACGUGAUGUGGUUCACGCCUAUCUCAAAUUCUACUGAAGACAUUGAAGCAACACAGCGAGCACAAGAUUUCCAGUUUGGAUGGUUUAUGGAUCCACUAUUUACUGGAGAUUAUCCAAGCUCAAUGAGAAGCAGGGUUGGAAGCCGACUACCAAAAUUCACUGAAGAUGAAGCCAAGCUGGUUAAUGGGUCUCUAGAUUUUGUUGGAAUAAAUCACUACACAACUUAUUAUGGAAAGAAUAACUCUACCAACAUAGUUGGAACACUCCUCCGAGAUUCAUUAUCAGAUGCGGGUGCUAUCUGUCAACCCUUCAAAGAUGGAAAAGCUAUCGGUGAUAAGGCAUCUUCUAUAUGGCUUUUCAUUGUGCCUGAGGGGAUGAGACACCUUAUGAACUAUAUCAAGAACAAGUAUGGAAACCCGACUGUCAUCAUCACAGAGAAUGGAAUGGAUGAUUCAAAUAACCCAUUGAUUCCCCUAAAGGAAGCACUCAAAGAUGAGAAAAGGAUCAAAUACCACAAUGAUUAUCUCACAAACUUGCUGGCCGCUAUUAAGGAAGACGGGUGCAAUGUGAAAGGGUACUUUGUGUGGUCACUCCUGGACAAUUGGGAGUGGACUGCUGGCUUCACAUCAAGGUUCGGGCUCUACUUUGUGGACUACAACAAUAACUUGACCAGGCAUGCCAAGGACUCAGUGAAGUGGUUCACAGAUUUCCUGAAAGCAAGCUAAUCGAUUCAUUCGCUUAAAUCUGAUUGUAAUAGUUAUUGUGUAAAAAAAAAAAAAAGAAGGAAAGGUUAUCUUGUUUUGUGAUGGUGUAUCAAUUGUACUUGUGCAAAUAAAAUGUUGGCUCUAGAACCCAAAUGUGUUUACUGAAAAUAGCGUUAUAAUAAAAGUAAUAAGUUUGAUUCUAAAUUCCCUCUUUCCUUCUCUAAAUUCUAAAGUAAUAAAAGUAAUAGCGUUUUAUUGAUGAGAUUAAUGUUUGAUCAGAUGUCAAUGGUUUGCAAUUGAAUUGAAUAUCCAUUGUCCAAAUUGCUUUAAAUAAGUCGGAUAUGAAAUCUAACAUCCAACUAAGAAAUCUGAUCAUAUUCUAAUUCUUUAAAAAAUGGCUUCUAAUUGAAUUCAGAUUAUUCUGUUUUAAAUAGAUAUUUAAAUAUCGGAUCAUAAGUAUCAAUAUGGUUAGCUAAAUUGUCCUAUAUUCAAUACUCAUACAUAUUGAAAGUCGGGUUUUAAUAUUACAUUUAUAUCUUUCAAAUAUGAAGUGCCUGAGAUAUAACGCAGAAGCUCUUAUAAAAGUAAACCAUUUUUAUUAAGAAAUUAUGUUUUGAACUUUCACUUUCUAAUUUUUCUUAGCAUAUUCAUAUUAUUGAUUAUUUAUCUCUUUUAUGUAUUUGCCAAACCAAAAGAAUGAAACAUAUGCAUUUUGAAUCAUAUUUGAAUCGAACCAAUUUAAAUUAAUUACUAAAUCGGGUGAAAUUCGAGUAUAAGAAAAUUCUACGUUUUUAUGUAUUAGAGUUCAUCUAUAUAGUUGGAUUUACAAAAGAGAAUAUAUCUGAUUUUUUAAAGAAAAUUCUAAGUUUUUAUGUAUUAGAGCUCAUCUAUAUAGUUGGAUUUACAAAAGAUAAUGCAUCCAACGUUGGUGGGUUGGAUGACAAAUUACGAAUCAACCAAUAAAACGGGGCAUUAAUUAUCUUAACCUGGCUGGUGCAGAAAAUUAAAUAUUAAUUGCAGACUUUAAUAAUAUGUUCGCUGCACGCACUUAUGUUAUCAACACAAGCAUUUGCAUGUAUUUUGCGUCAAACAGUGAAAAUUUGAUAGAUUAAACAGACAUAUCUUUAUAUCAUUUGGCUAGUACGUACAUGUGAUAUACGCAUAGAUUAUAUUAAUAAAUGAUUCAGUUAAACCAACAUGUGCCUCAACUGAGUAGUAGGCUUAGUCAUACCAGCCGGCCUAUCAACUUGUUAGUUUUUCCAUUAAUUUGUCUGCCCGGGUUGAGGACCUCAUGAGUCGGUCGAUCAACUUGGUUGGCUUGGCCAUGUUUUUAAACAUUGAUUUGAAUAACAAAACAUGUUUUAAUUAAACUAAAACACACACACAUAAGUUUUACCUUUUUCUUUUUAUUCUUUCUUCUAAUAAUAUGUUGGCUGGUCUGUGACUGUGGGGGUUUUAUACAGGUCUGUUAGACAGCCAAUCUUCAUUUCAAGUGUUUGGGGUUGUCAAUCUCUUGUGCAGCCAAAAAGGGGUUCAUCGAUACUUGAGCUGAGGUACAAUGAUGGUGGUAUUUGAGGAAUGAAAUCACCCGAAAUAAUAUGUCAAUAAUAUGUCAGCCAAGAUGAAACCUGGGCCUUGUUGGGCCUCUUUAUAUUUUAUAUAUAUAUAUAUAUAUAUAUAUAUAAUUCAUCAUAAUAAAAUAUUAUAAUUAUAUAUAUAAAUUAAUAAAAAUAAUAUUAAAAAGAAUCUUAUCAAACCAAACCAAGUUUAGCAGGCCAGCCCAAUAACUUAUCGAGAGAGCCGACCCAGUGCCUUUUUUUUGGGCCGAGUACCAAGUACUGGUCCGAUACCCGGCCCUAUGCCCAAGCUUAGCUGGAGGUUGUAUUUUAUUGAUAAAAAAAAAUGUUAGACAAACAUAUAAAGGAGCAAGAAUUUACAUAUUCCUGUAUAGAGCAGGAAUAUUAAGGGUGGGAUUAGUUAGGACAAAAUUGAUUCUAUGACGCCUGUUAGCCAGUUGGAAACCCUUACUUUGUCAAUCGAUCUUGGGUUUGUAAAUGCCCUUGGCAAGCAACAAAGCAAAACCACUUCGCCCCGGGGCAGAGUAUCUUUGAACCACAGCCACUUCCUCCAGUUUUCAGCAGGCCAUUGAAUUGGGGCCUAAUAACGUCCCAAACAUUUGAGACCAUUUGUUGGCCCCUGCAUAAAAUAUAACUGAAGAGAGGAUAGGGGACUAACCUG